CCCCGCCCCGCCCCUGCCUCCUCGCCCCUUCCAGUCAUGGCUACCAAGAGCUCCCUGGAGCCGCUGCAGAGGGCGGCCCGCUGCUCCGUCUGCCUGCGCUGUUUCAAGAAGCCGGCGUCCUUCGACUGCGAGCAUCACAUCUGCCAGUCGUGCAUCGUCCAGUGCUGGGGCCGCACCGCCUGCCCCCAGUGCCGCCGCUGGUCCCGCAAGAGGAGUCGCGAGCCCAGCGAGGGGGUCCUACUGCUCGCGGAAUUGCUCAGGCGGUUCUGGCUGCUCGCGCAGCUGAACCUGGAGCUGUGCCAAAAGCACCAAGAGCCGCUGAAACUGUUCUGCGAGGAGGAUGAGACGCCCAUCUGCGUCGUCUGCAGGGAGUCCCGGGUGCAUAGAGCCCACCCCGUGCUCCCCAUCGACGAGGCGGCCCAGGAAUACAAGGAAAAGGUUGCCAUCCAAAUGAAAGCUCUGAAGGAAAGAAGAGAGAAACUAAAAGAAUUCAAAGAAGAUUUGGAGGGCAGGAGCCAGGCUGAUCAGGAUGAUGUACAAACAGAAAAGGAGAAGGUAGAAUCUGUAUUUAAUCAAAUACAUGAGUUUCUUGAAAAAAUCGAGCAAUUUCUGAUUAUUAUGCUGAAAGAAUUUGACAAGGAGAUUGACCAGAAGAGGGAUGGAGAUGCUAGUAAACUCUCAGAAGAGAUUGAUCGCAUUGAUGCUUUGAUCAAUGAGGUGGAAGAAAAGUGUCAGCAGCCAGCAGGUGAAUUCUUGCAGGACAUCGGGGCCAUCUUGAACAGAUGUCAGAAUGGACAGCUGCCACAGUUGGUGGAAAUUUCCUCUUCUCCGACGGAUCUGAAAAAGAAACUUGGCCAUUUUAGUCUGAAUAAUAUUGUGAUAAAGGAAGCUCUGGAGAAAUGUCAAGAGAUUAUGAACUCUGAAAUAGAAAAAGCAAAAUCAAUGGAAACAACAGCUAAAAAAGCAAGCAUUACUCUGGACCCCAGCACAGCUCACCCUCUCUGUGUGGUAAGCGAAGAUAAGACAAGUGUGAAGUGUGGAGACAUGGCCCAGCUACUGCCCAACAAUCCGGAGAGAUUUGAUUCCACUCCUAAUCUGCUGGGCUGUGAGAAAUUCACCUCGGGAAUCCAUUAUUGGGAGGUGGAAGUUGGGGACGGGCAAAAUUGGGCACUUGGCGUCGCCAGGGAGUCUGUAGAGCGGAAGGGACCUGUGGUUUGUUGCCCUAAUCAAGGGAUAUGGGCUUUGGGGCUCUGUGGGAAUGAGUACAAGGCUUUUACUUCCUUGGAGACUAAGCUAACCUUAGAUUAUGCUCCAAAGAAAAUCCAAGUAUUUGUGCAUUAUGAAAGAGGUUGGAUAGCAUUUUUCGAUGCUGAUUCUAUGUCCCUUAUUUUUAUUUUCCGUUCAGUUAAAUUCUAUGCGGAGGAAAUCUAUCCUUUCUUUAAAGUGUGGGGUCUAAAUACAGAACUGAAAAUGUGUCAGUCCGCCUCCCCGACCGCGAGAAGGGCGCCCGCCGCCAUCGGAGCGGCUGGAGAUGCCCGCGGAGGACGGCUUGGCGAGAAACACACAGACGUGCUGCAGUUCUUCUGCGAGGAGGACCAGACGCCGAUCUGCGCGCACUGCGACCGAUCCCAGGAGCACCGCGCUCACACCAUCUUCCACGUCGAGAGGGCAGCCCGGGAUUACAGGCCAUUUUUAUUUAUUCAGGAGCGGGUUCAGGCACAAUUAGAGAUUCUGAAGCAAGAAAAGAACAAUCUGUGGAGUCAGAAGCUGACAGGCGAGAAGAAAAUCCAAGAAUACACGGAAAAGGUUCAAGCUGAAAGAAAGGACAUCGUAACUGAAUUUGAACACCUGCAUCAGUUUCUGAAAGAUCAGGAGGAACGCCUGCUGACCCAGCUAGAAGAACUAGAUAAAGACAUAGAGAAGCAGAAAGAUGACAUGCUGACCAAACUCUCGGAAGAACUUUCCCGUCUUGGUGAUGUCAUCACUGAGAUGGAGAUGAAGUGCAAGCAACCAGCGAGUGAAUUUUUGCAGCAAACACCAGAUGUUCCACCUCGGGGAUUACAGGACAUUAAAAAAAACAUGACCAGAUGCACCGCAGGACAGUUUCAGCCGUCUGAGGAAGCGACAUCCAAGCUGGAAGAGCGAUUGGAGUUGUUGUCACAGAAAGGGGUGGCUCUGAAGGAAACUGUGAAUAGAUUUCAAGAUAAUGUGACAUAUACCAUCGAGAGAACAGACACUGUGAAAUCACUGAAUGAUAAAGAAAGUCCAGCUCUUGAUCCGGAUUUAUCAAGUGCUCUUCUGCCCCUGGACCAAAGAAAUGCAGGAGACGGAGGAUCUCGGCACAGGCUGCCUGCCUUACAUUAUGUCCCUGACACUCCCCAGAGAUUGGAUUCCAGGGCUUUGGUUCUGGGCUGUGAUGGGUUCACCUCUGGGAGAUACUUUUGGGAGUUGGAAGUGGGUGAUGGGGAAUUCUGGGCCGUGGGGGUCACCCGAGAUCCUUCCAAGAAGAAGGGGAUGAUGGACUUCAGCCCAGAGGAGGGAAUCUGGGCUGUGGGGCUGUGGAAAGGCCAACACUGGGCCCUCACUUCCCCUGUUACGGCCUUGUCCCUGAGCAAACACCCCAAAAGAAUCCGAGUGUCCUUGGACUACGUGGGGGAGUGUGUGACCUUUACUGAUGCAGACACAGAGGACCCCAUCUUCACGUUCCCACCUGCUUCUUUUAACGGGACGCGUGCCCAUCCUUUGCUGUGGGUGGUAGGUUUCCCAGCCCAGACUGUCUUUCUGAGGCGUAUGGGUAUAAAAUAUCCAGUUGGGGUACAUGAAAUGGACAUAAUGAGUCCAUGAUUUUAAGCAUCCAUGUACCCAGAGAAAAAAAUUUAUAGAUCUCUAACCUGCCAGAUCGGAGCAGGGCAUUGAGCCAUUUUGAAUUAAAGAAAUUUGAAAGAUUGGUUGUUUUAACUCUGCCUUGUCUACUGCAGAAUGUGACCCAGAAGCAGAACGGCUUUCCUUGCACACCGAGGCCUUAAGAAUGUUGCCCUCGGGGAUAGAGAAAGAACUGGGAAGAGAAGGCUAUCCUGGCCUUGACAUGGUGUCCCUUUUAGGACACCAUCUUUUGCCAAGGGAUCAACAUGACCCCUUUCUAGUGGUAGGCUCAAACUUUUUUCAGUUUGAAAAAAAGAAAUUAGCUAUUAAAUUUUGCAUUUUUAGCUCCUCUUCAAUCAGUUCACAUUUUGCGUUUUAAUGAUUUUAUUUUAAAAAUGACUGCAUGUGUGUCAGCUGCAAUACCAGGCAGCAUGUUUUCCUUUGAAAGGAAAGGCUUUAACUCAAUCCUUUGUGGUGAAAAAUGUUUUGAAUACCCUAGGCACAGAGAUCCUAAAUAAGCACCAGGUCUUGCAUCUGUGGCAAUUUGGACUGGGCGGUCCUUCCACUACACUGUAGGGUAGCUUCUCCUCUUUUGCUGCCAUAAGUCUGAAACUUAAUUUCACUCUUCCACGUCUUCGGUCUGAUCCUGGAAAUAAAAUGGACAGAUGUUUGUGCCAUAAUGAUCUGGUUGUUCUGAUUUUGAAGAUGAAAUAUUCACAAUGUCUGAAACAUAUGUAAAAGGAACCCUGGGGUUAUGGUUGAUGCCUACAGAAUAUAAAAAUCAUAAUAAAGACUUAGUAUGUUCUUUGGUAUAUUUCA